AUGGACCUCGACAUCCUCCCAGGGCAAGAAGCCGACGUCCCAGCCUACAUCCGUGUCUUCAGAAAUGCCUUCGCCGACCAUCCCAGAAUCCCCAUGAUGUGGCCUCUAGGCUAUACAGCCGACUGGUAUGCCUUCCACGAAGCCGACAUCGUCCAGCAAAUUCAUAAUGCGGACAAUCACUUCAUCAAGGCCAUCGAUACCAGGUCCAAGCAAAUCGUAGCUGGCGUCGAGUGGACAUUCGCACUUGACACGGCCGAGACAGCCAAGGAUGUACCAAUAGAUCCAAACCAGCCUCCACCACCUGGCUGGCCCGAUCAGGGCAAUUGGCCAAUGCGAAUGUUCUUCAAGAUGGAGUGGGAGAAAUGGCGUCGGGAGCAUCUUGCUGGAAAGCCAUACAUUUCGCUGGACAUCCUGGUGGUCGAUCCAGCUUGUCAAGGUCGCAAGGCCGGAUCUAAGCUCUUAGCCUGGGGCUGUGAGCAAGCCGACAGGCACAGUGCGAUGAUGGUGUUGGAGUCGACGCCCGCAGGCUUAGCCCUGUAUAAGCGCUUUGGGUUUCGCGAGAUCACCGUGCUCAAGGCCAAUAUGCAUGAUUUCGGGUGGAAAGGGUAUUAUGAUGAGGAGGCUGCCAAGCGAGUAUGGAUGUUGCGUGAUCCGCAACGAGUGUAG